AUGUUCAACGGCGUAUCCCUCACCCUGCGUGAGAAGCUCGACUUCAUCCCUGCCCUCGGGACGCUAUGGCUCACCAUCGUGUGGGCCAUGUUCACCGGGCUCUGGCGCUCCGAACACUAUCCCAAGAGCUGGCUCUUGCACAUCGGAUAUGCCACCUUUCGCAAGGCCACCGCGCGAUUAUCCAUCCGCCAGAUGCAGUAUGUGCUGCCUCCGACCAACAAGAUCUAUGAGCAGUACGCGCGCAAGGCCAAGCAGCUCGCCAACACAGUCGAUUUGGGGGAUGGCGCCUUGGGACACUGGAUCGGAAAGCAUGAUGCUGACACUGUGCUGAUCUGGUAUCACGGUGGCGGCUUUGCUCUCCCGGCCAACAUGGCGUAUUUCAAAUUCUUCGGGACCCUAGUCGGUGACGCCAGCCGCGCCGGCAAGUCGUUCUCGGUCUUCACUCUGACCUACUCACUGGCUCCCACGGCCACUUACCCCACGCAGCUACGCCAGGCCGUGUCAGCGCUUCGAUACAUCGCCGGCCAGAACCCAAGCAAACAGAUCCUGCUCGGCGGCGACUCCGCUGGCGGCAACCUGGUGGGCGGCGUAAUGUCGCAUCUGGCGCACCCUCACCCGCUGAUCGACCCCCUGACCCUGUCGCAACCACUGGGUGGCGCCGUCAUGAUCGCGCCCUGGACGAUGAUGAUUACCGACUUCACGGACCACGUCAUCGAUUCGCGCGGGGAUCUCAUCACCGAGGCCGUCGCGGCACCCUGGGCUGGCUCCUACCUUGGCACCGCCCCGCGCGAUAACUACACGGAUCUGGCCGAUGCCCCUGUGGAGUGGUUCGAGACCUUCCCCGUCCGUAAAGUUCUGGUCUGCGCCGGCGAACGCGAGAUCCUCCUGCCUGUCAUUGAGCAAUUUGUGGAAAAGCUCCGAAAGGGCUUCCCCAACGAGGUGGAAUACUGCCUCGGCAAGCGGGAAGGCCAUGUCGCUCCUGUCUAUAACCUGCAUAUCGGGGAUAAAACAGAGACGGAGCAGGGUAAGCGUGUGCGCAGCUGGUUGCUUGAGGUUGUUUAG